UGUUGGCCGUGAGCGAGAAUCGAACUUGGGUCGCCGGGUCUCGUAGCUCAGCGUGCUAACCACUGCGCCACCGCUCCCUUGAGUGACUGCCAGCAGCCCGCCUCUCCGCUGCACCCCAAUUCUGUGCGCACCGCUCGUACGCUGCUGCCUGACUCUUAUCUGGAGGCUCCCUUGGUAAUUGGACCAAGCCCCCUUUUUUGCGAACUUGACCGGGCCCAGUUUCACUUUGUAAGCGGAUGUUGUCGGGAAUGCUGUUUAGAAUAGCGCCAGCCCCGCCGCUCUGUGCCCUGUGCACCCGGGAUUUAGCGGACGAGGAGCCGGGCUUGUUCCGUCAGUUCAGGCACAAUUAAUUGUCUCCAGCUACAUACAGUCUCAGUGGGGUGGACGAAAACCCGCGGCUUGUGAGGCGAGUCUCGGUCUGUGGCUUUUCGCGUGGUCAUUCGCUUAGUCUAGCCGACUAAAGCCGUCAACAAGUUGAGCCAAAUACCCUCGGAGUGAAUACAAGUUGGAGUGAGAGGACGCGCGCGAUGUGUUACUCGCCAAAUUUCAGGUCAGCUAAUCACUGCACUCAGUAAAUAGAAAAUACAUAUGACUUAGCAUUGUAUUUCGCAGUGCACUGCAGUCUCUAGUCACGUUACUCGCUUAUCUUAGGCUGCGUUUUCAUUCAGGCUCGUUAAAUAGGUCUCAUCAUCGUCAGGUUUUUGGUAUUUGGUGGUUAACCAUCGGUGAUUUUCCACGCAACCAUAGCCGCAAUCGUUCAGUAAAAUUAAACUGCUGACCAUUCUCCGGAGCCAGAGGUAUCCAGAUUCCCGUGGACCGGACGGAGUGAAGGUGCAUCAUGAUGAGCCCUCUUGCUCGGCUGUGCCUCGUGGUCCAAAUAGCGGCGGUGGUAGUGGUGGCCCUGACGGACCCCAGCGGGGCCACGGAGCUGUCUUUGGAGGAAUUCCAGCAGUGGGCCAAGCUGCACGAUAUGUUAUCGGUGUCGUGGAACGCCAACAGCUCCUACAUCGUGUUCAAGCUGGAAGUGCAGACCCCCGGCUACGUGGGGUUCGGCGUGUCGAGGCACGGCGGCAUGCAGGACACGGACAUGCUGGUGUGCGGGGCCGACCGUGCCGGUGACCCUUUUUUGUGCACGGACCGCUACUCGGUGAACAACACGACCCCCGUGAAGGACGACUCUCAGGACGUCGACGUCUUCGCGAUCGACGUCGUCGACGACUCCCGUGUCGUCAGGUUUGGACGGCAGCUCCGCACCGGAGACGCACGUGACGUGGACAUCACGCGCGGCACGGUGAACGUGGCGUUUGCGUUCGGGAUUGACAAGGUGAUCUCGUACCACGGCGAUAAACGCGGCACGAGUGCGAUUGUGCUGCUGCCGCCGCCACCCGACUCUCCCGAGAACGUCGUGCCACCGGGGCCAAGCACGACCGCCGAGCUUCUCACCAGCAACUUCACAAUCCCGUCCGAUCGAGACACCUUUUACUCGUGCACGAUGUUCAAGUUGCCCGAGCUGCCGGAGAAGCAUCAUCUCAUCAAGGUGGAGGCAGUGCUGGCGGAUGUCAGUAAGUCGUACGUGCAGCACAUGAUGCUCUACAGCUGCACGGGCGACAUCGAGGGGGCGCACAACCAGCAGAGCCAGUGCUACCAAGCCAACGCGCCGCUGGCUUUCGGGCACUGUCAGGGCAUCGUGGCGGCCUGGGCCAUCGGUGGCGAGCCGUUCGUGUACCCCGAGGACGUCGGCUACUCGCUGGGGAUGAAGGACGACCCCAAGUAUGUCCUGCUGCAGAUCCAUUAUAACAACCCUAAAAUGGAUAAGGGCGUCGUGGAUAACUCUGGCUUCCGGCUCUUCUGCACCGAUAAGCUCCGGAGGUACGACGCGGGUAUCUUGGAAGUGGGAACGGACCCGAGCCCCUACCACAUCAUCCCUCCGAACGUGUCCGGCUUCGUCACCUACGGCCUGUGCAGCACGGAGGUGCUGCGGAAGGGCCCCGUGUCGAGUGUUCGGGUGUUCGACGCGCUGCUGCACGCGCACGUGGCCGGGCGACAGAUCCACGUCCGCCAAUUCCGAGAUGGCAAGGAAAUCGGACAUCUCGGUCAAGACGACGUCUACGAUGUCAACUCUCACAAAUACAUACACUUCCCGCAGAGCGUAGAGGUGAUGGCGGGCGACAUGCUGGUGGUGGAGUGCACCUACGGCACGGAGGGGAGGAGUGAUAUCACCACGGGAGGCUUUGAAAUGCGGCAGGAGAUGUGCCUGGCGUACCUGCACCACUACCCGCGCGUCGGCCUCGCGCGCUGCCGCAGCACCGUCCACGUGCCGGCGCUCGCUCGCAAUCUGCUCGGCUGCGAGGUGACGGCGAGCGACAAGUACAGAUACGUGGUCUCGGCGCCGAAGAAGUACGAGGGGAGGCCCCUGGAGUCGGUGAUGGCCGAGUACGAGUGGAGCGAGGAGCGCGUCGAGGAGUACUCCCGGCUCCUGCGGAGCGCAGACUACGACGUGAGGCAAUACCUGUUGACCACCGGCACGUGGGUGUAUGAGACCGCACGGCUGCCGGCAACGGGCAGCGUGGGUCGCGUUGGCCGCCUGGACCCGUGGCUGUGGUGCGGGUGGGAAAUCAUCGUUACCACCGCCGUCGCCAUUCUCCUCCUCCUGUGAACCCCCACUUCGUCCUCCCUCCUACACCUGCGCCACCCCCGACCGGUCCCCGCAGCACCUCGCACCCAGGGCCGGAUUAAGAUUUUGUGGGCCCCAUGGGCUACAGGUACCGUGAGGUCCCCUAGUAAUAUUUUCAAAAGGAAAACAAAGUUAAAAAAAUAUAAAAUAGAUUUUUUUUUUUACAAGGCUAACAACAAAUAAAAUUCAGCAUUCACAAAUGAAACAACUUUUCGCUUAAUCUCUGGAGGCCCUCCAGCUGGCGGAGGCCCCUGGGCUGCAGCCUCUAAAGCCCCCCCGUGCCUUAAUCCGGCCCUGCUCGCACCAACGAAUAUUUGUUCUGGGCAGAUUGACGGGAUUGACUGUGUACAGAAUCACUCGUCACGUAUGCCGUUCGAAUGCAAUCUGCGGAGAUUCACUCGGGACAUUCACGUCAGUUUCACUUCUUGUAAUAUUCACUCGGUUAACGCCGCAGAGGCACAGCUCAGCAGUCGGUCAUCACGGUCACUUCUGAUUCGCUCCUCGCAGAUUCACUCCACACAGAAUCACUCCACAGACAGUCAGUCACUCGACACGUUUUCUUCAGAUUAAGUGGUAUGUGUCUUGAAACAUCGGUGUGUUAAUACAUCCCCGGGGAAGUGCUGUCCCACCAGAGCAUACUAUAGGUAUUAUGAACGGGCUCCACCCUGCUUAUAUCUGGUUGCAAUUGCCAGCCAGUACUUGGAAGGAAGCUUGUCUUUUUUCUGUACACAAAGCACAAAUUCGACAAAGUGGAGCACCUCCACUUUGUCUAGUUUCUUCCUCACUGCACUUAUAGAAUUCUACGUAAAUCAGGUUCAUGGAAGAUCCAGCACUCACUGAUUCACUGCACUCACUCGUUCACUCUCCCUUCGCUACAAUCGCGGUUACGGUUCCUGUCAACUUCACUCAUUGAUUCGUCCGCCCAUGUCGAGGACUCGGUCUACCAGACGUGUGUGCCAUCCUUGCUGCGUUACACCACAAACACUGCAGAUCGCAACGUGUUUUUCUGCUUUGAUUCCACUUUGUAAUUCCCUCCCCUCGUCUGUUUUUCCACAAGCUCUUAUAAACUUGCACAAUUCACGGGCCUGUACCCAGAAAAUUGUGUAAAAUAAUAUCCCAUAAUAGUUACUUUUUUACGAUGCUUUAUUUUACGAGUUCACUUAGCCAUGGUGGUAAAAUAUGGUCAAAGGACCACUGAGAUUCACACGGCGUAGGGAGGCCCUCAUCCAGAAUUGGAAUUACAAAAGGGCUAGAUGUGCAUAUUAUCCAUUGUUCACUACAAUCUAUAAUUAUCACGACAUUGACGGUGAUUGUGUAUGGCCAAUAAUGGUAACCAAUACUAGCAACUAUUAUACUGGUAGGAACGAAGUUGUAAACUGAGUGUACCAGCCUGCAAUAGAUUAAUGCGUCCGUCCGUCCGUCCCCUUUCAAUACUUUAACGAAGUGAAAUCUCGUGCUGUUGGGUGUAAACAAAAUUCCAAUGUUCCUACCAGCCCACCCUGCAGGGACCUGUUUUAUCAGUGGUAUAGCGAUUACAUUGCUUUUGCUUUGAGAGUUGGUGGAUUGCAGAUACACCGCCUUCAAUUUAUAUUUGGGGCAACGUGAUUUGUAAUGUUAAUUCAUAACUCACAGACAACUUCUGUAAAUGUCGGGUCUAGCUUGGUCUCCAAAUAAGAUGCCUAUUCAGAAUAUUACGCAUUAAUAAUACAUUCCUGUAUAUCGAUUUCCGUACUUUAUAUUUACACGUGAUUGCUAAAUUAUACGCAGGGAGACUUUGCAUGCCGAGAAAAAAAAACUGCUGAAGGAGUGGUGACGUGAUCUUUUGGGCGUCAUCUAGCAAUGCGGACCGCUAAACCGCAACAAUGUACGUAGUUUGUGUUGCUUUUGUAAUAAAAUUGUUUUUUUAUA